AUGACUUCCUAUAAUAUGCAUAUUUUCAGAUGGGCGAUACCGCACAGACUGGACGCCAUGACAUUCGUGGGUCGAGACGUGUUCGCAGUCGCACACGACAUCUAUAUCAUCUUCUUGAACUUAAAACUGAACACCGAGCUGGUAUACGUGGCCAAUAAUGAGAAGACUGGCGAUGGAGUCGAUGUUAUUGCUGGUCACAAAACAAGUUUGUUUGCUUUUGCUGAAAAAGUCAGGCAUCCUCGAAUACUCGUCAUGAGUUAUCCAAAUUUCAAAAUAGUGGCAGAACUGAAAGACCCCGAAGUCCUCCGCUACAAGGGGGUGUGUAUGAUGGACUGCGACCUGGUGGCGGGGUUCAGCGGGUUCCCCCACUACAGCCUGACGGUGUGGAGCUGGCGCACGCGGCAGCGGCUCGUCGGCGUCUCCACGGGCGUCGUGCGCCGCAGUCAGAUAUACAUGUCAAGCAGAACACAUAUGCUCCUAUGCGAGUGCUACGGCGAGGGUCUGAUCGUGUGGGAGGUGGCCCAGUGCUACAAGACGUGCCUCAUCAUGAAGAGGGAGAAGAAGGAGGUCACCGGCUGGGAGCUCUCCGACCCUCCGUUCGUUGGCGUCUGCUGGAACGCUGAGGGGCAGCUGUACGUCAUUGACCCUGGUGCCAAUUUGUACAGUAUCUUGUCUGACGGCAUCGGCAUGGUGUCGAACUUGGAGUGGUCUAGCGACGUAAAGGGGACAUUCAAACCGUGCAUCUGUUCCUUCGGCAGCGGCCUUCUCAUUUACGGCCCGGACAAUUGUUUACGCUCUUUGAAGAAAUUCGAAACACAAUGGAAGGUGGUCUGGCAAUUCACGCCCCAGGAUGAAGUGGUGCGCUUGAUAUCCAACACGUCCUCUGACAUGGCCGCCAUGUGGACGGACAACGGCUGCGUUUACAAGGUCUCAGGGGAGUCCGAGGAGAAACUCAAAGUCAAGUUCUUUACUUAUAAGCAAAGGAAUGUUAUAAAGAUCCAAUUAAUCGCGCCCGACUUUAAUCACAUCGCGAUGAUAAAUGACGAAGGAACCAUUUGCAUUUAUGAGAUUUUAACAGCUAAACUGGUAGCAAUGCGGUACGUCGAAGCAGAUGACGUAAGUUUCCAAGCGAGCCCAACUGAACCGAUCCUAGCGGUAUUUGGUCAAGUAAGAAAUAACUAUGGACUGGCACUCAUGGAGUUCAAAGCCGAAGACUGUUCGUUGGUAAAAGUCGCCAGCGUGUGCCUCACGCAUCAGAUCGUCUCGCAAGUCGCCUUCUCUCCUACUGGCCGGGAAUUCAUGGCAGCCGCUAUGUCUGCGGGACAUAUUUUUAUCUAUAAGCUAACGAAGAGUCACAGGUUGAAGCUGAUCCGGUACGCAGAGCUGGGCCGAGGGCUUGCUGACUGCUUCAUGAUGAAAGUGGGCGAGACCAUGCGCUCUUUUAGCUUGGUGUUGUUCUCUGACAAAUAUGCUAUCGGAGAGCGCAUAAUAUGCAUCGAUGCAGAGACUGGUAAGGACAAUAAAUUCGCGGGCAAAAUGCAAGGGCCGUACGCUCGGCUGCUGCCGCUUAGCAGCAAGGACACCAUGCUGGGCAUCCCACAUUUGUCCAAGCAGUACCACGUGCUCAAACUGUCGGGAGAAAAAGGAAUAACAGUGUCAGUAAAGAUGGGCCCAAUCAUUGAUACUGGACACGACAUGAAGUAUUUCAAUGCUUACUUUAACGAGGCCGCUUUCCUAUCAUUUGGCUACGAUGGAACUGCUAUACUGCGGCAAUCGGAUGCACCUCCAGAUUAUGAUCUAAAACUAGUGGUAACUCAUCGGUACGAGACCGGCAUCCAACACGCUGCUGUUGACGUGGACCGCAACUACAUCGCAACGUUGGCGGGCAAUCACGCCGUUGUGAUCACCUUCCUCGAAGGUAGCAAUCCGGACUUGGAAACUGACGCCGUACACGCAACGCCGAAUAUGAAACUAUUCGAAAAGGCCAAUAAUCUGUUGCAUAUCAUCGGCGUAGAUGAAAAGAACUAUCUGGACUUGCAAGAAGACAAGAAAGUGCACGAGGAAGCGAUGGACUACCAGAAACAGCGGCAGGAGUUGGUGCGCAACUUCGAGUCAGUUCAGGAGCGGGUGGUGGCGUUGCUGGAGGAGAACCUGGUGGUGCGGCCGUUGCACCAGCUGUCACUGUCGGAAUUCAACCUGCAUCUGGAGAGGAAGAAGGAGAGGAUCAAAGAAGCGGAGCGCGAACGAGAGGAAAUCCGCUUGAACACAGAAGCGCUGAUCCGAGCCCAAGACAAGGUGACUGCGUGGAUCAAGAAAACGUGCUGGGACACCAUGCUUUCCCCAAGGGUUAAGCUCUUCGCCAUCUUCUCCCACUAUCAGGUAGAGAACUACGCAGUGUUGCCAACACAACGAGAUCGAUGGCCAGAGCUACAACAAAGCGAAGCUAUGCGGGAGGUUGAGAUGGAGAACGAUGAGGACUUGUUCAAACCCUGGGAGGAGAUCGUGGAACGGCCGAGUAUUGAAGAGGACCGGAAAAUGACGAAAUCAAUAACCUCAACGAUAUCAGUCCGUUCGGACGUGAAGCUGCGCUCGCAGAUGAUGAGCGUGGAGGCGCGCGUGGCGUCCGACGCGGGCUCGGAGGGCGCGCUGGCCAGCCCGCACGUGCUCAGCGGCUCCGGCGCGCACCACUUCAUAAACCUGCCGCCGCACAACAUACCGCAACUCCAUGCGUACAGCUUCCUGCAUAUGCACUUCUUGCACCAGUUUGUCAAGCUCAAUGUCCAGAAUAUGCGACUUUGGUUCAACAAGCAGUUUGAUGAUUUGAUGACUCUCAAGAAGCGUGAGGUCGGACUGGUAGAAGAACGCAAUGCCAGAUUGCGAUUUAUAGUUGAAGAGCUAAACAAGUUGUCAGACCUGCGCGGUAGCUUCCACCACCUGAUGAUGGACAUCCGAGACCCUGAGUGGCGGCAAGAGGAACAACCCUACAAACUGAUCAAAGUGGAACCGGAGGAGUGUAGCAUCGAGCCGUACAUUAGCCCAAGUCAAGUGGUGAUCCCUCCGCCGGAGCCCAAACCGAAGGAUGACUUCAAAGAACGCGCUCUCAUUGAGAUGAUGGACGGCGUCUUGGAGAAAUUGUGGCAUGAGGAGAUUAAGAAACCAGUACCGUUACCGCAAUGCAUGCUGGAGAAAGAUCCGGAGCACUUCAACGAAGACGACCUCCGCUUCGUGUUCGACUACGAGGCGAAGGUGGCGUUCAGGAACGAGGAGCGGGACAAGUACCGCAAGAUGCUGCACGCCGAGUACGCAAAGUUAUCUCAGGUCCUCAACGAGGGGGUCGUCAAGUUCAACCAGAGGGUGAAAGAAAUGUGGCUAACAAAAUUAGCUGUGGACUCGGUGAUAGGCCAAGAAAAUCUGAAUUUGAUGCGCCUGCGCCGCACGAAUCUUGAUCGCGUCGAAAAUGACGAGAAGCUUGACGAAAUGCGUGCCAAAAUCAAACGUUUAGAGUCCGAAGUGGAGUUCCUCACGAAGGAGCAGGCCGUCAUCAACGAACAGGUGGAAGAAUGCAACGCGGCGUACGAGGCGCUUGCGCAGAAGGACAAGAUGAUGGAGAGGUCCUUCAAGAACCACUUCGCAGACCUCUCGCCCAUCAUCGUGGACCAGUGCUUCAAGUUUUAUAAGAAGCGCCCCAAAUGGCACCAGCGGGUGACGAUGACGCCGCUGGUGCUGUACGAGCUGGCCAACGCCGUGCUCACCGGAGUGCGGCCGCCUCUCUUACAUGUGGACUGCGUGGACUACUUCAAAGGGGUGGAGCAGUUAGACUUGAUAAGCAACAUGCCUCCGGUGAUGGACGAAGGACUCUGGGCCACCAUGUGUCGGCUGCGGCGCACCAAGAUCGAAAAUGAAAUUCGCAUGCGAGCUGUAGUGCAGGAGCUGGCGUACGUGGAGAGCGCGGGCCGCGGCUGGCUGGCGGGCGCGCAGGCGCGGCGCCGCGUGCUGGCCGACACGCUCGCCAGCAUCGCGCAGCAUCGCGAGGACGUCGAGUUCGCGGCCAGGAACCGCAGCGUGCAGCUGGUGCUGCCAGCAGGGCAAGUGGAGAUAGUGACGACGGGGCACAUGUCAGACUUUGACGACGCGACGCUGAUUCUCAAAGAGGACAUCGAGAAGAUCAAUAAUCUCAUCUUGAGAGUCGGCGAGCUUAAACUCCGUAUGAUGCGCAAGCAGAUGGAGUUCCGCAAGGGUAUUCUCAGCAAGGAGUGGGAGCACGCGCAGAUGAAGAUGAAGCUGCGGCACAUGGAGCAGGAACUCUACUCGUACAAGCGGCUCAAGAUUCCAAAAGAACUUCAGUUGUUCUUGAAGAACAAGGAGAAGGGUUACACAGACGAGAUGGACUUCGUGCGAAUGGAGAAGGAGAUGGAGGCCAGCAAGAUAUCCAUCAACAAGGUGCUGGCCGAGCAGAUACAGAGGGUCGAGGAACUGGAGUUGAAGAUAGCUGCGAUCGAGAGCCAGGGGGGUGAACUGGAGAAGCUGAUAGCCAACCUCAACGUGAAGGUUUCGGAGAAACGACUUAACGAGGACCCUCUGGACCCGAUUCGCAAAAGACGCAUCAUAAAGAACAGGUUGGAAACACUGGUGCUGCGCAGCGCUCUGAUUCGCGAGGUGCAAACCAACCAUACGAAUAUAGUGUUGUUGCAGACCGAACUAGAGUUGUUGCGACUCAAGACUUACCCAACGCUGGCCAGCUUCCGAACUCUAUCAUAAAUACACUGAUUUGGAGUAAUGUUGUCAUCAUUAGCCAAAGUCUGUCGUCGUUCACUCACUUGCGAGACAUGCCAAUCAUACGAAUAUAGUGUUGUUGCAGGCCGAACUGGAGUUGUUGCGACAUAAGACUUACCCAACGCUGGCCAGCUUCCGAACUCUAUCAUAAAUACACUGAUUUGGAGUAAUGUUGUCAUCAUUUUCCAAAGUCUGUCGUUAUUCUCUCACUCGCGAGACACGCCAAUCAUACGAAUAUAGUGUUGUUGCAGGCCGAACUAGAGUUGUUGCGACUCAAGACUUACCCAACGCUGGCCAGCUUCCGAACUCUAUCAUAAAUACACUGAUUUUGAGUAAUGUUGUCAUCAUUAGCCAAAGUCUGUCGUUAUUCACUCACUUGCGAGACAUGCCAAUCAUACGAAUAUAGUGUUGUUGCAGGCCGAACUGGAGUUGUUGCGACUCAAGACUUACCCAACGCUGGCCAGCUUCCGAACUCUAUCAUAAAUACACUGAUUUUGAGUAAUGUUGUCAUCAUUAGCCAAAGUAUGUCGUUAUUCACUCACUCGCGAGACACGCCAACCAUACGAAUAUAGUGUUGUUGCAGGCCGAACUAGAGUUGUUGCGACAUAAGACUUACCCAACGCAGGCUUGAUUACUCGCCUUGUCUUAAAUAUACUGAUCUUUAAGACAAACUUCGAAUU